AUGUCACUUGAGGGAGCUCUGUGCAACGAACUGGACAAGAACGUAGCCAGCUUUAUCCCCAUAGACGUUGUUACAGAGUUCAUCUUUGCGACCGCCUUAACCAUCACUAUCCCCGCGACGCAGCAAUCGAAUCUUGACGCACCCAUACAGCCAGCCGAUCACCUUCAGAGCAUCGCUGUCGAAUAUGUGCUAUGUCGAGACAUUGAUGGUAAGGACAGGCUGAAGGUGCAGCGAGCGAUUGCACAAUCCAUUGUCGAGGCUAUCCAAGACACCGAUGAGUUUAUGUACUCUGAGCGCUCUGCACAGAACAGAGAAGGCGGUGGCGGUGCCAGGUUCGAGUAUAUUUGUCGAGACAGUCUUCAGAACAAAGACCAUAAAAGCAACGUGAAGAAAGAGAAGUCGCAUGAUAGCGACGAUGGCGAGGCUGGAGUCAAGAAACAGGAGCCUACCGUUAAACCGACAUACGACUGUGGGGGCGCAAUUCAUAUCAAGUUCUCUCUCAAAAGAGACGCUUUAAAUGCCGUGUACAAGCAUAAUUCUAUACACACUACCCGCGAGAAUAACAACAGUCUACCUGCUCUGACUACAGAUAGCGGCGUUGCCGCCACAACCGACGCUACGGAAGAAAAGAAGCCACACAAAAGGAAACGUAGCAAAAAGAAUGAGACUGAAGCAGAGAACGAUGUUAGAGACCCCGAUCUUGACAUGUCAACGUCCCCAGAAGCUCCAAAUUCAUCACCAAACAAGAAGAGCAAGAAAGUCGGUGCUGUGGCCUCUCCCACGACAGCGCGAAAAGCAUCUAUCAAGAAACCUAAGGCAAAGUUGCCCACAUCGCCCAACAAAUCGAAGAAGAAAGCGCCUCUCGUUGAGGCAUCACUGCCAUCGGUACCUGUCCGUGGUAAAGCUUGUGUCUGUUGCGGCGAAAAGAAGAUUAAAUCCAUUCCGCCCGACCAGCCUUCAAAACGUGCAGUUGGGAAUUGGGACGAUGCCUAUACAAAAGCAACAGCUGCGCUCGCCAAACUAUCGCAGAGUGAGAAGAUCGGAAUCGUCACGGGUGUUGGUUGGCAGAAUGGGCCUUGCGUUGGCAACACCAAAGCGGCUGGCUCGAUUGGAUAUCCGUCGCUUUGUCUGCAAGAUGGACCUCUCGGUGUCCGCUACGUCCAAGGCGCAACUGCCUUCAGUGCAGCUAUCCACGCCGCCAGCACCUGGGACCUCAGCCUCAUCCGCGAACGAGGUGCGUUCCUCGGCGCUGAAGCAAAGCAAUUAGGUGUCCACGUCCAACUUGGGCCUUCAGCCGGCCCACUUGGCAAGCAUGCGAACGGUGGCCGAAACUGGGAAGGGUUUGGCUCGGAUCCCUAUCUUCAAGGCAUCAUGAUGGCAGAGACCAUCGAGGGCAUGCAAGAGUCGGGUGUCCAGGCGACAGCUAAGCAUUGGCUUGUUAACGAACAGGAGCUGAACCGAGAGACUAUGAGUUCAGAUGUCCCGGAUAGAGUGCUUCGUGAGCUCUAUGUUUGGCCUUUUAUGGAUGCUGUUCACAGCAAUGUUGCGGCCUUCAUGUGCAGCUAUAACAAGAUCAACGGAACAUGGGCCUGCGAAAGCGACGGUGUGAUGAACAAGCUCCUGAAAGACGAGCUCGGCCAUCGUGGAUACAUCAUGAGCGACUGGAAUGCGCAACACACAACCACUAGUAGCGCGAACGGUGGCCUGGACAUGACCAUGCCCGGCACCGACUUCAGCAAGGGCAAUGUCUUCUGGGGCCCACAACUUCAGACCGCGAUCAACAACAAACAAGUGCAACAAUCUCGCCUCGAUGAUAUGGUCAAGCGCGUGCUAGCCGCUUGGUACCUCGUCGGCCAGGACAAGGGCUAUCCUACUACGAGUUUCAGCUCCUGGACGAUCGGCAAACACGAAGUCGGUGGAAACCACAAGACAAACGUCCGUGCUACGGCCCGCGAUGGUAUUGUCUUACUGAAGAACACGAAUGCUGCGCUGCCAUUUAAGAAGCCCAAGAGCAUUGCUGUCAUCGGAAGCGACAGCAUCGUUGCGCCGAAAGGAGCGAAUGCGUGCGUUGAUCGCGGAUGUAACGAUGGGACAUUGGCCAUGGGUUGGGGUUCUGGAUCAGUCGAGUUCCCCUAUCUUAUUGCUCCACUUGAUGCUAUCAAGACACAAGCCCAGAAGGAUGGAACCUCCAUCACUUCUUCACCGAACGACAACGCGCAGCAGGGUGCUAGUGCAGCACAAAAUGCUGAUAUUGCAGUGGUCUGCAUAAACAGCGAUGCUGGCGAAGGUUACAUAACUGUUGAAGGAAAUGCUGGUGACAGGAAGAAUCUGGACCCGUGGCACAACGGAAACGACUUGGUCAAGGCAGUUGCUGCUGUCAACAAGAAGACGGUUGUCGUAGUACACAGCGUCGGUCCUGUCAUUAUGGAGCAGUGGAUUGAAAACCCAAAUGUCGUUGCGGUUGUUUGGGCAGGUCUUCCAGGUCAAGAAUCCGGAAACGGCCUCGUUGACAUCCUCUACGGCGUAGCCUCACCUAGUGGCAAGCUCCCCUACACCAUCGCAAAGAAGGAGUCGGACUACGGCACCGCAAUCGCCAGAGGUGACGACAAGGACUGGGACCUCUUCAUCGACUACCGCCGUUUCGACCAGCAGAAGAUCGAGCCCAGGUUCGAGUUCGGCUAUGGUCUCUCAUACACCAACUUCACCUACUCCAACUUCAGCGUCUCAGGCAAACCCACCGCUGGUCCUGCAACCGGUGCCAAGGGUCCUGGUGGCCCCGUUGAUCUCUUCGAAACCGUCGCUACUGUCACCGCCAAGAUCAGCAACUCUGGUGGUGUUGCUGGUGCGGAGGUGGCACAGCUGUAUCUCGGCUACCCUGCAUCGACAAACUCACCUCCUAAGCAAUUAAGGGGGUUCGCGAAGCUCAAGCUGGAAGCUGGUGCUAGCGGGACUGCGACAUUCAAGCUGAGGAGAAGAGAUAUGAGCUUUUGGGAUGAGAGUAGUAGAAAGUGGAGUGUUGCGACUGGAGAGUAUCAAAUUUUCGUGGGAUCGAGUUCUAGGGAUGUGAGAUUAACGGGUAAGAUCACUGUUUAG